UGGCGCGUCAGUGUGGCAGCGGAUAAUUUGUGGUCCUCAAAUGGAUGGAAAGGGAGGUUCUUCCUCGCUCUUCCUGAAACGCUAGAUAAAGCGCUCUUGUUAUUUUGUUUAUCCGAGGAGAAGCGAUUUUUUAAAAUUAUUUUCUGGAGCACGAGGCUUUUUUUUGGUUUUGGUUGCGUUUGUUUGCACGUGAACAUUUUUACGAUGUGAAACGUCGAUGGAAAAACGGAGCGACGGUUCUAGCGAGUGGAGGGGCUGGUCUUAGAGGGUGUGGAUGUAAUGUGUAUCUCUCGCGGGGACGACGCCCUGCCAUUAGCAUCAUGACAACUCAAAUGACGCUUCUGUGGCAUCUUCUUUUGCUGCUCAUAUUUGCUGUGCGACAAUGCAGGCUGGUGUGCGUGGACGCAGUCUCUGACACAGAGGCAGUUCUGGGGAGCCGCAUGAAACUCACCUGCGUCUCAUGUAUGAAGAGAGAGGAAAUUAGUGCUCAAACAAAGGUGUAUUGGUAUUACAGACCCGACCGGGAUGCAGUCCGUCAGGAGAUCUACAUAUAUGAUGGCGAACCACAGGCCUUGGAGGGGAAGUGGAAGGGCCGUCUGUGGUGGAACGGCAGCAAAGACCUGCAGGAUGUCUCCAUCAGCAUUUCCAAUGUCACGUGGAACGACAGCGGCCUCUAUGAAUGUGUCGUGCUCCGCCAAUUUUCCUUCAACUCGUACUCCCCUUCCAUCGCGAAGACCGUUGAGAUUGAACUGGUGGUACGAGAAGAGGCAAGCGAAGAUCCCACAGCACUGUACUCGGAGAUCACGAUGUACGUUCUGCUGGUGUUCCUCACCUUCUGGCUGCUGGUUGAGAUGAUCUACUGCUACAGAAAGAUCUCCAAAUCAGACGAGCAAGCACAGGACAGCGCGACAGACUACUUAGCCAUUCCUUCUGAAAAUAAAGAGAACCAACCGGGUCCUGCUGUAACGGAAUAAAAGUGGUUGUCUCACACACAAUACGGUUCUGAUGAUUCCUUGAGGCUUAAGAUGAGACUGAUGUUUCGUGGGACGUUGCCAGCGUGCGAGUAGCACCGACAUAACACGACAUGACAACCAAAAGACCCUCUCGUCUUGUACGCGUAAUGAGAAGCAAAUUCUCCACUGCUUUAUUUUUGUCCUUGUCUUUCUCUCAGUGAACGUGACAAUUACAUUAAAGAGCAACACUAGAGAAAUACAGGAUCAUGUUGGUGUUUUCACAGUUUAUGCCUUAGAGGAGAUACGAGAUACGAAAGAGCCAUCAGAUUUUUUUUCUUUUACGAAAAAAAGCUAACACACUGCCUAUUGACAAAAAAAAACAGAAACAUUUUUGCUUGACGUUCAGCAUACUCAGAAAGACGUUCAUAGUAUUUAAUAGCGUCUCAUUCUUACUAUUUUGGUAGA